CAACGUCCUCCGGGCUCCCAGGCGGCCUCCUGGGGACCCCGCGGCGCCCUCCGCUUCCCCGCGCGGCGCCGGAAGCCACUGGGCCGGCCCCCUCCCCGCGGCGCCCGCCGCCUUAUCUCGGCGCCUCCAGUGCCGCAGGGGGAGUCGCGGGCGCGCCGGGAGGGACGCGGCGGCAUGGGCCGGGGGCCCUGGGGCUCAGGUCGCCCGCCUCGCCGCCUGCUGCGGCUCCUGCUGCUGCUCUGCAUGGCCCGCGGCACUACCGGAGCGCCAAGCGCCCAGGGUUUUGAUGUCUGUGCCACUUGCCACGAACAUGCUACUUGCCAGCAAAGAGAAGGAAAGAAGAUCUGUGUCUGUAACUAUGGUUUUCUGGGCAAUGGUUUGACCACCUGUGUUGAUAAAAAUGAGUGCCAGUUUGGAGCCACGGUGGUCUGUGGGGACCACACAUCUUGCCACAACACCCUGGGAGGCUUCUACUGCAUUUGUCUGGAAGGCUAUCGAGCCACAAACAACAAGAAGACAUUCAUUCCCAAUGAUGGCACCUUCUGCACAGACAUUGAUGAGUGUGACGUUUCCGGCCUGUGCCGGCAUGGAGGACGGUGUGUCAACACUCAAGGGAGCUUCAGAUGCUACUGUAUGGAUGGAUACUUACCAGAGAAUGGGCCUGAGCCUUUCCACCCGGCCAGAGAUGCCACUGCAUGCACAGAAAUAGACUGUGGCGCCCCUCCUGAUGUCCCAAAUGGCUACAUCAUAGGAAAUUACACCUCUAAGCUGGGCAACCAGGUCCAUUAUGGUUGCAAAGAAGGAUUUUUCAGUGUCCCAGAACACACAGUUUCCAGCUGCACAGCCCUGGGCACGUGGGAGUCCCCAAAGCUGAAUUGCCAAGAGAUCGACUGUGGAAGCCCUCCUGAAGUGCACAAUGCCAUCUUGGUGGAGAAUCGCAGGUCCAGCCUGGGUGGCGUGGCUCACUAUGUCUGUCGCGAGGGCUUUGAGAGCCCCGGAGGAAAGAUCACUUCUGUUUGCACGUCGAAAGGCACCUGGAGAGGAAGCACUGUCAAAUGCACAGAAAUGCCCAUAGAGAUUAACGAAGUGUCAGUGUUUAAUAACACUUGUGUGAGGUGGCAAACGAGCUCAGGAGGAAUAAACUCCAAGAUCGAGUAUGUGAUACACAUAAAAGGGCAACGGCUACACCCUGUGGGAUCAGUUCAUGAGGAGAUGGUCAACUUGACUACUGAUAGCAGGACCCCAGAAAUGUGCCUUGACCUGUACCAAGGCACCAACUACACCGUGAGCAUUUCCACCGCCCCUCCCAGGCGCUCUGUGCCUGCCAUCCUUGAUUUCCAGACAGCUGAAGGUGAUCUCUUAGAAGAUGAUGGAAUUUUCAAUAUUUCAGUAUUUAAUGAAACUUGUUUGAAAUUGAACAGGCACGCUAGGAAAGUUGGAUCAGAAGGAAUGUACCAAUUUAAAGUUCUGGGUCAAAAAUGGUAUCUGGAUAGCUUUUAUCAUGCAACAUCAUUUAAUCUCACGACGAAAGAACGAGCUCUGGAAGCGUGUUUGGAUUUGUACCCAGCAACCGAAUAUACAGUGAAUGUCACCCUCCUGGGCUCUCCUGAGCAGCACUCAGUACAGAUAAUGAUAACAACCGCACCAACAGAAAAACAGACCAUCAGUAAUAUUUCAGUAUUUAAUGAAACUUGUCUGAGAUGGAGAAGUAUGAAGACAGCUGAUACAGAAGAGAUGUAUUUAUUUCACAUUUGGGGCCAGAGAUGGUAUCAGGAGGAAUUUUCCCAGGAAGUGAUCUUUAACACCACUACCAGCAGCCAAGCUCCCGAGAUGUGCCUGGACCUGUAUCCGGGUACCGACUACAAUGUCAGCCUCUGGGCUUUGUCUUCAGAACUUCCUGUGUUCAUCUCCCUGACAACCCAAAUAGCAGAGCCUCCACUUCCAGAAGUAGAAUUUAUCGUGGUGCAUGGAGGGCCUCUGCCACGCCUCAGACUGAGAAGAGUCAAAGAUAAAAAUGGACCUAUCAGUACGUAUCAGGUGGUGGUGCUUCCCCUGGCUCUCCAAAGCACAUUUUCUUGUGAUUCCGAAGGGGCUGCCUUGUUCUUUAGCAACGCCUCUGAUGCUGAUGGAUAUGUGGCUGCAGAACUGCUGGCCAGAGAUGUUGCAGAUGAUACCGUGGAUAUAUCUAUUGGAGACAGGCUAUACUAUGGCAAAUAUUAUAAUGCGCCCUUGAAAAUAGGGAAUGAUUACUGCAUUAUAGUACGAAUCACAAGUGAAUGGAAUAAGGUGAGAAGAUACUCCUGUGCAGUUUGGGCUCAGGUGAAAGGUUCGUCACUCACACUGUGGCAGAUGGUGGGUGCUGGCCUGGGCUCCGUUGCUUUUGUGGUCCUUCUUGCAUUCCUCUCCUUCUCAGCAGUGUGAUUGCAGACGGGUGCUCCAUGGGAAGGAUGCCCUGCUGCCAGGGCAGAUGUUCCGACAGCUUCUCAGGUGUCUGCAUGAAGGCCCUGUGUGGCUUCCACCCAGAGGGGUGUGUGGACCUGCAACUUUCUCCAUUCCCAGC